GCCGGCCAUGCGGGGCCGCCAGCCGGGGCGCGGGUGAAGAGGGAAGGAGGGAGGCGAAGCGAAGGGAGCGGCGGCGCUUCCAUGGCCGGCGGGUCGGGGUGAGGCGAGGCGAGGCGGCGCGGUGGGGAUGGCGGGCGUCAGCUACUCGCCGCCCUGGUGGGUGAGCCUGCUGCACCGCCUGCCGCACCUCAGCCUGCGCUGGGAGCUCACCGCCGCCGACUUCCGACCGCACGACGCUGAGUACCAGCAGGCCCUGUUGCUGUUGGGUGGCAUUGCUCUCUCCUGCCUCGCUCUGGACCUGCUCUUUCUCUUGUUCUACUCAUUUUGGCUGUGUUGCCGCCAUCGGAAGAGCGAAGAACAUCUAAAUGCUGACUGCUGCUGUACGGCUUGGUGUGUCAUCAUCGCAACCCUCGUGUGCAGUGCUGGAAUUGCUGUUGGCUUCUAUGGGAAUGGAGAGACCAGUGAUGGCAUUCACCGGCUGACGUACUCGCUACGCCAUGCAAACCGCACUGUGGCAGGUGUCCAAGACCGGGUACUAGAUACAGCAGUGGCCCUGAACCAAACAGUGGAACCAAACUUGCUCAUCCUAGAGGAGAUGUUCACGAAGCAAACAGACUACCUGCAAGUUAUCCAGAAGCUGCAAAGUCUCUUGGAUGAUCUGGUCAGGCAAACAACUGAGAUCCCCUUUUGGAAGAAUGAAGAGCUGUCUCUAGAGGAGCUGGCAAUUCAGAUUGACCUCUAUGACUGGUACAGGUGGCUGGGAUAUCUGGGCCUGCUCCUGUUCCACGUCCUGAUAUGCUUGCUGGUGCUCUUUGGGCUUAUUAGAAACUCCAGAGCCAUUCUUGUGGGGGUGUGCUUGCUUGGGGUGUUUGCCCUGAUUGUCAGCUGGGGAUCCUUGGGUCUGGAGUUGGCUGUCGCUGUGGGCUCCAGUGACUUCUGUAUCAACCCUGAUGCUUAUGUCUCCAAAGUGGUUGAAGAGAAUGCAGUGCUCAGUGCUGGUACUCUCCGCUAUUACAUUACCUGUAGUGCUGGAUACCCCAACCCUUUCCAGCAGAAGCUGUCAGGAAGUCACAAGGCUCUGGUAGAGAUGCAGGAUGAUGUUAUGGAACUCAUGAGAUCAGCAAGCAGAGAGUAUCCCACAUCCAAGGAGUAUCUUACUCGGAUCCAGGAGGUUUUAAAUUCAACAGAGAUCAACUUGCAGCAACUGACAGCUUUAGUAGACUGUCGGAGUCUGCAUUUGGAUUACAUCCAGGCUUUGACGGGCUUUUGCUAUGAUGGAGUGGAAGGACUUAUCUACCUGGUUCUCUUCUCCUUUGUCACAGCCCUCAUGUUCAGUUCCAUUGUGUGCAGCGUCCCACACACUUGGCAGCAAAAGAGAAGCUCAGAUGAUGAUGGGGAAGAAGAAUCAGCUGCUCAAGGGAGUAGACAAACACACGAUAAUCUUUACAGAGUGCACAUGCCCAGCCUCUAUAGCUGUGGGAGUAGUUAUGGCAGUGAGACCAGCAUUCCAGCAGCAGCACACACAGUCAGCAAUGCUCCCGUCACAGAGUACAUGAGCCAGAAUGCAAAUUUCCAGAACCCCCGUUGCGAGAAUACCCCGCUCAUUGGCCGGGAGUCCCCACCUCCCUCAUUGUAUUUGGCUGCCAUGGACAGUAGCAGCCAUAUGAGCUGGCAGCUUAAGCCCUCGGACAGUGCACGGACAUACUGGUAACAGCGCCCGCAAAUGGAACAGUACACCUCCAGCAUGAGAGCCAAAUACCUCGCCACCAACCAACCUCGUCCAGAUGCUGGCAGUGUGCAUUAAAAUGAAAAAGCAAAAGCAAAAAAAAAAAAAAAACAAAACCCACACGUGCAGUCAGACUAAACAAUGUGCCAACUGCUGUGCCCCUGUGCUGUCCUCGUAGAACAAUCCUGCUGUUCUGCCCAAAAUCCAGUGCAGCUCCUUUUGUUUCUCCAGUCCAGACCACCCCUCCAACCCGGUACCUGCCUACUGGAGUGGAAGCCCCUUUUGAAUUUAAGCCUUCACCUUGUUGUACCUGAUGUGCGAGAGGCAGCAAGCACGUGCAGGCAAGCAACUGGGAGCACCCAGGCAAGAAACUGGGUCCACCUUCCUGGGGGCCAACUUAUUAGAGUAGCCUACCAGAAAAAGUUGGUGAAUAUCUUCUGCCCCCUUUUUUCCCCUUCUGUUCCCCAGAGGGACUCGGUGAAAGAUGGUGGUAGAUCUUCUUCACUUGUGCAGUGGAAUCAGCAGUCUGUCAAACACUGAAGAAGCAGAGGCUUGGUGUCUAUGACUAGUGUACAACGAGGGGAUGCUGAGUCAGUGCACAAUGCAGCUUUCUGGUGGGAGUCCUCUGGUCUGGUGCUCUGUGUGAGGAAGAAGGGAGACUCCUGCCUCAUGGUGUCAGUGCACAUCCACUGUAAUUUGGGAGCCUGGGGCUCUUCUAGAGCAAACCAUUCCAUUACCCUGGUUAACUUUAAAAAAAAAAAAAAAAAAACAACCUAAUAUUAAGAAAAAAUUAAGAAAAUGCCUUUUUCUUUCCCACUAUAUUUAGCAUGUGAAUUCUUGAGAAGGAGCAGCAGGUCCCAGUACCAGUCAACUACCCUGUCCAUUGCUCUGAACCUGACCUCUCUGCUCCAUCAGGGAAGCCCAGGUACUUGCAGAUCGCAUUCUGGGUGCUGCCCUUUUAUGAGGCCGACACUCAGAUGAAACAGGAGCCAGCCACCCACUUGGUGCCAAAUUUUUCCAGGAAAAGACUUGUAAGACUUUGGGGGGUGUGGGGGGGUGCGUGUGUAUUUUUGCACUAAAGAGUUUCAGCUCUCUGAUGCUAGAUCUUAUGGGACAGUCAGCUUGCAAAAGCAAGAGAGACUGGAAGCACCAAUGGAUUUAUAGCAAAUGCAAGCUCUCCCUGCAGGAGUGACCUGUGAACUCUGCUGGACUUCUUAUUCCUUUUUUUUUUUUUUUUUAAUUAACCAUAAUUUACAGCACAGGGUUGCUGAACUGGCAUUGAAGGAGGUUUUUGGAGCCUCAGUCCUAACAAACCGCAAGAUUGUCAGUGUAUCUUCUUCUGUGUUCCAGAGUCAGAAACCCAAAUGACAUCUGGAGAAUAUUGUGACUGUCAGAAGAGGUUUUUAUUUUAUUCUGUUUUAUUUCAUUUUGUUUUUCAAGGCACAUUGCUAACCACUAUCUGACCAUAUUAAGGCACAUGUAAGGCAUUUUUCUAGACAUAAGGCAGAACAAAGCUUGCAAAGGGGCAGCUGGGUGCCUGCAAAGGGCAACAUCCUCCAUUGGUGCUGUACUUUCCACUGAAGAGUAGUGCUCCAAAGGGCACUGACAGCUUCCUACUGCAAGAGGAGACUGCCUCUUGGGAGGUACUGUUAAGUACUGCCCUUUCAGUAGGGUAACUAUGAUGUUCCUUUUUGUCUUUUUACCUCUGAGCAGGGGCAUCUUAGUGUAGCUGCUAAGCAUUAUAUCAAAUAACUGGCAGAGGAAAUAGUGGGAAAUGUGUCUCAAACUAGAGUUGAGCCAUUGGCAGAGGCAGUUAGUCUUCACCUCAGUGAUGUUCAGACUCAGUAUCUGUUUACCCCACGUUUGCUGUACGGGGCACAGAAUCUACCAAUCUGCCUUUACUCAAGUCAGUUGCCUUCUUGCAGUGAGGUAGGAAUUGCUCCUAGCAGGUGGCUAACUAGAAUGAUGGUAUCUGCUGUAAAAUGGUACCAGCUCUGUGGAGGAGCAAGCUUUGAGACUCCUCUUAAGAUAGAAACCACUAAGAGACUGCAAAAGCUGUAGGUCAGCUAUUAUCAUUCAUGGGUAGGGAGACAGGGAGAAGGCACCGCCAUGCAGACAGGAAGAGAAGGUUUUGGAGAAAACUUCACACUUCACCAUAAAUCUCUGGCAGCAGGAUUUUCUUGCUCAGGACUGAAUAUGCCCUUUCAGACAUGUUUGAUGGGCUUCACACUGAAACAUACCUCUGUGUUAUCAAGUAACAAGGGCAGGGAAAAUGUAGUCACAGAUGGCAUGGAGGACCACUGUGGCUCAUGAGCACCAGGUUUUCCACCCUGUCUCAAAGCCUACCAGGAGACCCGGGUGUGCAAGCAUGUGGCAUGGUUAGCUUGCAGGGCCCGAAGCACGCAACUGCUAUCGGGGGAACUGAACCUCCCCCUCACUUUGAAGAAAGAAGCAAGAGCCAUAUAAUCCUUAUUAAGACUGAGUUGUUCUGCCAUCAUCUCUCCUUGCAAGGAUGUACUCGGAUUGCUACUUAGAGCUACUUAGACUAUCAAUUUUAGGGGAGAUGCCCUAAAAUCUGUGGCCUGGUCCUACUCAUUGAAGGCAAGUGUUUUGAAGGCUGGAGGGUGUGAAAACAAGUGCUUCUGUAUAUUGAAUUUUCGUAUUCAAAAUGCAUCCUGAACAGGCGUGUGACUGCACUUCGGGUUGGAUCUAAAUUGUCACACUGGUAUUGGCUGUGCCAGCAGGGAUAACGGGAGAGGGAGCCAAUAUGGUUUUGUUUGCAGCAUCUAGUGGAGCAGCCACCUUGACCUGCUUCCUUCCAAGGUUGGGCAUAGCCACUCAUAACACCCAGAACAACUUCUGACAAUGUUUGGGGCUUGCAGCAAGGCGCACGUGAAGAUAUGUGCUCUGUGACUCCGAAAUAUAACUGGAAAGAAUGUUACGGAGAUAACAUUUUGCUCUCUGGAGGCCAGCAUAACAUGACUGCAGUGUGAGCUGUGUACCUUUGUCCAGCCAGCACUUCCUUUACUUGACAUGGAUAUUGCACUUUUGUAAAGCAUCCUGGAACUCUGCUGCCCCGCUGCAUGCUGUGCAGAGCGCUGGAUAGGAAACACAGACAAAUGGGUUUCUUUUGGUUUAUUAUUAUGACUUCUUUUUUUUUAUUUUUUAAUUUUUUUUUUUUUUUUACUGGAACCUUGAGCAACAGUGUGGCAUUUCUGCAGGCUGGUCUGAACAGAUCUGCUGAAGAACAGAUGGCCUUUGCCUAUUCUUAUGGCUGCGACAUAAUCAGUCUCAUCCAUAUGGUCACAUUUUGUCUGAGGAGUGGACUUUUAACAGCCAAGAUCUCCCAGACUCUGUGCCUCCCUCUCGGGUGAACAGCAGGUGCUAUCUGGCAAAGACUCAUCUGUUCUAGAUGGCAUUCAUGGUUGAGGGAGUCCAAACUCUUCAAGCUGUAGGAGGUAAAGCAGUAGAGACUUCUCUCUCUUCCAUUGUGUCGCUCUGUUUUUAAUGUGACAAAAUGCCAAGGCCAUAUCACUUGGUGUGUCCCGGCUGACCUGAUUGGAACAUUAGUCAUGUUACUGGUUGGUAGCACAAGGGUCCAGAAUUCAGGGGAGAUGCGAUUGGCCUCUGGACACCUCGCUGGCUGCAAAAUGGAAGGCAGCUUGUCUGGUUGAAGGUGACUGCAUUGGUGAAGACACUUCAUGUUACUUUUCAGAAGCACAAAUGUGGUCAUUGGCUUGUCUGGUUGGCUUGGUUUAUUUCCACUGCAUCAUCAUGUAUGAAUGACACUUUCUUUUGGAACUGAGAACUCUUCCAAGCACACGAACAUCUCCACAAUGUGAAAUGUAAAUAGCAUGUUGGACUCUUCUGUCCAGUGUUCAAGACUGCAUUGUAAUUGUAAAGGAAAUCGAAUCAAGACUUGGCUGUGAAUUUCUUGUGCUGUCUUGGGAAUAUAACUGUAGUGUUUGUAUCCUGUAUGUAUUAUUAAACUGAGUUCAUUUUAUGUGCUGAUAAAAGGGUUCAAGCUAAGAUUUUUAGCGUGCAUCCAUGUAUCCAAAUGUGAAGGAUGGAGUGCUCCCUUCCCCUCCUGUCCUUUUUAAGUUUUCUCCAUUUGAUAGAUGUUAAUUUUCCGUGUACAGUCAUCUCAGCCAAGAUGCAAGGAUGUUCAUUUGAGUGCUUUGAGGGGGACACAGUGCAUGGGGGUUUUAAGUGAACCUAAGUCAGGAUUUACGUGGCAGUUCCCUCAAAAUACAUUAAAAGUUUGACCUUUCUGAGAGUAAACCAUUUCUCAGGGGGCUGCUUAGCCAGCGCUCGUGAGAGCUUUGGGUGCUGCAGGGCGAUAGCAGACAGGUACCCGUGUGGAUAAACCCAUGCUUCACUUCUGGUCCCGCCUUCUCCUCCUUCUAGCAGCAACUGAAAUACCAUGCUGAGCCCUUUGAAGAGGAGAGGUGUCUUGGCUUGUUGAUUCUGGCCACCCCACCUGAUUGAGUAGAUGAGGUGGGUGGGUUUUCCUUUAGCUAGGGAGAGGAGUUGCCUUUGAAGUACUUCCUACCUAGGGACUGAGGAGAAGCUAAGGUCUUCCCCAACUCAACAAGUCUGUUGGUGUAACUCGUGAACAUCUCUGGGUGAGAGGGGAAAAGCCCUCCAGGGAGAUACCAAGGAGUAGAUCUAAUGCCUUGAGAGAAGAGACCUGACUUAAUCUGGACCUUUAACAAGGUGGCUUCUUUCAUCACAGCCUACUCCCCUUCUUUAGAAAUUAUUUGUGUGCAUGCUAUGGAUGGCUUCCCUAGUCAUUGCAGGAGGCCCGGCAGAAGCGUGGGAUGUUUUGGUAGCAGUUUCUAGGUGGUAGCAAGUGAUCUGUGCUUUCGGGAGGGAGAGCAGGUUCUCCUGCCGAGCCAUGAUGGUGAGCGUGUUGCCCAGCUGGGAGAGAGAAGGGAUGGGUUACUGGUGGCCUGGAGCUCCUGGGUGCUCACCCCAUCCCUGUGGCUGCAUGCAUGAACAAAGUGGAACAUAAAUUGAUGUACAACCAGAAAGUUCAAAAAAUUCUUUUCCUGAAGAGGAUAACUGUAGCAUGAAGCUCUUAGGUGCUCUGCAUAUUUGAUACCACAUUGCUCCUCACUAUGCAAUUCCCAACUCCUUCCUUCCUGUCCCUUCCUUAAUCUCACACCAAGACUUCUCCAGUGGCCUCUGCCCAGGAGGCCACUGAAGUCCCAGAAAAGCUUCAUUUCCUUCAUUGUCCACUGCACUGGGUCCAACUGCCCAGCCGUCAUGUCGUGUGCCUCAGGUCCCUUGUUAAUGGGAGGCCCCAUGAGUUUUAUUCACAUCAUUCAGAAGGAAGUUUAUUUUCUUGGACACUGUGCACAGAAACCUAAUGGUGAACAUGUACCUGGCCUUUUUGUAACUUUUCUGUUUUUUCUUCUUAACCAUAAUGGUUGUAUAUCAUACCACUUUAUAUACAUAUAUAAUAUAUAAAUAUAUAUAAUUUUUUUUAAAACUUUGGACCUGCUAGUUUCUUUCGAGUGUUCCUGCACUUACCCAAAACGUUUUUAAAUUGUGAGGAUUAAAGAGGAUUGAGCCCAUUUUUGUAUCUUUACUUUUAAUUCUGUAGUUCUAUUGAUUGUAAUGUAGCUAUUUUUUACUGUAACUUUUUGGUUUGCAAAUACUAAACAAAAAACCUAAAUGUAAUUUCUGUGGUUUCUAUUCAGCUUGGGUUUCAUGUUUUAAAAAUAAACGAUUUAAAACCAC